GUUUGAUGAAGAUUCUUUUAACGACACACACUGGUGUUAAAACCAGUCACAAUACUGCACUUAAUGGUUUCACAUUCCUGAGGCGGGAAUUCAUCCGAAACGGGAGCCUCGCGCAUCGGAUUCCGUCGUCACCGAGUGAAUUAAUAAAUAAAUAAAGUCUGACUGACUGGACAUACAGACGAGCUGAAGAGUAUCACGUUUGACAGCUUUUUGGAGGCGUCUCACCUCGAUUCAAUGCAAAUACGCCAAAGGAGAAGAGGAGGGAAAGGGGUCUCUCGGUUAUCAAUGGCAAACACCGGAGCGCACGCGACUGGAGCGAGAAGCUCGAGACCAUCUCGUGUGUCGCCGCGCUCUGGCCGCGAGUGAGUUUUAAAAGGCGCGCGGCGAGGAGGAGAGAGCGAGCACCGUGAAGUUGAAGAUAAUCGCCAGUCAAGACAAUAGACGGGUGGAAAAUUUGUUUCAUGUGGCACAUUAAUGAGAAAACAGCACCCGUCACCGCGAGUUUCCGAGAUUGCUGAGAACAUGGAAACGUGCAGCCUAAUUGUUGACGAAGCUGAAGAUGACUGAAGCUUCGUGAGAAAGAUAACGAGCGUGUUUUCGGUGAGAGAGGGUGAAGUUUAUUCGACAUGCCCGAGAAUGUCUCGCUCGUCAGGAACCGGACGGAAGUCGGGCAGGGUCGCGCUUGGGGUAGCGGAGCGGGCGCGCGGCCAGCAUGGGUCGUCAUGGUGCUGGCCGGUGUGCUGAUCUUCACGAGCGUGGUGGAUGUGCUCGGUAACGUGCUGGUGAUCAUCUCGGUCCUCAGAAAUAGAAAACUAAGAAACGCGGGUAAUGCGUUUGUAGUGAGUCUGGCUUUCGCCGACCUUCUGGUGGUUUGCUAUCCCUACCCUCUGGUCUUGCACGCCAUGCUGCACGCAGACUGGUUGCCGGGGGAAAUGGAGUGUAAGGUCAGCGGCUUCCUGAUGGGAGCGAGCGUCAUCGGCUCCAUCUUCAACAUCACCGCCAUCGCCAUCAACCGCUACUGUUUCAUCUGUCAGACAAACACCUACGAGAAAAUCUACGGGCGUGCCGGAACCCUAGCGCUGCUGGUGUUAGUCUGGGUACUCACCGCCCUUGCCAUUCUUCCAAACCUGGCGCUGGGGUCGUUGACGUACGACCCCCGCGUUUAUUCGUGCACCUUCAGUCAGACGACAAGCGCGGGAUACACCAUCGCCGUAGUGACCGUGCAUUUCCUGCUUCCUAUCGCGGUAGUUACGUUCUGUUAUCUGAGGAUUUGGGUGCUGGUGCUCCGUGUGAGGAGGCGAGUCACAACCGACGUCAGGCCACGCCUCCGGCCGAACGAAUUGCGCCACUUCUUGACCAUGUUCGUCGUCUUCGUGCUGUUUGCCGUCUGCUGGGCGCCGCUGAAUUUGAUUGGCCUGGCUGUGGCGAUGGACCCGCCCAAUGUUGCGCCCUUGGUCCCUGAUUGGCUGUUUGUGGUUAGUUAUUUCAUGGCGUACUUUAACUCCUGCCUGAACGCCGUAGUGUACGGGCUGCUCAAUCAGAACUUCCGCAGAGAAUACCGCAGAAUACUUCUGUCGCUUUGUAAGCCACGCCUCUUCCUGCAGGAGACAUCGAAGGGCGGGACUGAGCGCAGCAACAAACAUUCGCCUGGCAACAACAACAACGACGAUCAGCCCAAAGAGAACACAGUGUAAUUCACCCACAAUCCAACUGUUCACAAAUAGAUAUCAAAGAGAGAAUGCUGCAAAAAGGUUUUAAAUGGCACCCACAAAUGUUUUAAAAAUAACGUUUUUAUGUCUCACUUUAGAUACCACCAUCUGCAAAAAAAACUAUUGUUGAAUAACCAUAAAUUAAAAUAAUCCUCGGUGCAAUAAUUAAUUGGAUCUCACAUGUAUUACAAUCACGUUGAAUUCAUGCGUGCUAAAGAUUGAGAACAGUGCAAUAAGUCAUUAACAGACAAAAGGUGCAAUCAACCUGCGGGAUAUUUUUGUGCUCUUCAAACAUGCGUCCCUUGAAAAUAACUUAUUUUUCUCCCUGAAAGUAGGAUGCUGUUUUCUCCAACCGCCCAUAAACGCUCGCCAAACAGAGGACUCGCUCAGUUUCACAAGUGCUUCCCUAAUGAAAUAAUAGCAUUAAAGAAACGCUCCCCAGAUGCUCGCACAUUUGUGACCGUUCAGCACCUUGGCAUACGGUUUCCCAGUGGUCCAACAGCGUUAGCACUUGUGGCACUGUAAGUACACUAGAGCCUCCCCCUUGUGCUAUGCAACCAAUUAAUUUGAAACUCUGUGGAGAGAGUGUAAAACUAGGGCUCUCUUAGGUUUUCCAAACGUUCCCCUAAAACACUGAAGCAACAUUCUUGUAAAACUCCCCUAUUGCUAUGCAAAAUCAACACGAGCAACUCCCACUGUUGAAAUCUUCCCGUAACCUUCCCACAACUUUCCUCUUUUAAGUCUGUGGAUGCAGCCAUAUGGGAAUAUGCCAAAAUGCUGCAAGGACAUGUUCUUAUAUCUACACUUUUACACACUUCAGAGUGCCAGUUUUUUGUCUCAGUCAAGCCACAAUUCCGAAAUACCAGACAUUGAAGUGGCUUUGAUAUGAUCACUUAAUACUGAUUUAAUUAUUGAUGGUCAGUAAAGUCUAAAGAGUAGUUCAUUUAAAAAAAAAAA